AUGAACCGUUAGAGUAAUCAUAACUGGCGGUUCGAAAUGACCCAGCAACUGUAAAAGCAUAGCGGUUGACUGGAGGCUCGCCUACCGGCUCCUGGAAUUAAAGCAUCUUCUCCCUUAAAAUGGCUGCUAUACAGCUAUACCUCUUCCAUCACCACAGCUAUCGCCCUACUAUUAAAAUGCGGCCUCUUAUCGCUUCUCGGCCUUUUGGCCAAGUUCAAGUGUAAAAUGCGGCCUCUUCCUAAAGCGACUCGGAACCACCCACAGCUCUAGCCAGCUCUAGCCGACUGUUCCGUUGCCUUACACCCUUCGGAGAACACAGCUAGUCAAUUCUGAGUCGCUGUUCCCAAAAGCGCUUGCCUUUAGAAACGUUGGGCAACUCGGCCCACGGCUGGGAACGCCCCUUGAAGGUGAGCCUAUUGGUUGUCAUGGCGGUAUGGCGAGCGGCGAUUGGGCAACCUGUGAGGAGGCUGGUACCAGACCUCAGUACCGUGGGCCCAUGGCUGCGCCGGACGUAAGGGCGCAGGUGGACUCGCUCCUUCUGCAACUGCUCCGGGACCUGGAAGAACUGGAGGCGAAGCGGGCGACAUUGAACGCUCGGGUGGAAGAGGGCUGGCUCUCGCUCUCUAAAGCUCGCUAUGCCAUGGGUGCCAAGUCUGUAGGUCCUCUGCAGUAUGCCUCCCGCAUGGAGCCUCAGGUCUGCGUCUACAUCAGCGAGGCCCAGGACGGACUCCAGAAGUUCUGGGUGGUGAGAGCCAGCGCCCAGACUCCAGAAGAGGUGGGGCCCCGUGAAGCAGCUUUGCGCAGGCGCAAGGGUCUCACCAGAACCCCAGAGCUGGAGUCCUCCCCAGCCCCCCGGGACCCUCUGAACUGGUUUGGAAUCCUCGUUCCUCACAGUCUGCGUCAUGCCCAAGCCAGCUUCCGGGAGGGCCUGCAGCUGGCUGCAGACAUGGCCAGCCUUCAGAUCCGGAUCGACUGGGGUCGAAGCCAACUCCGGGAGCUCCAGGAGAAACUCAAGCAGCUGGAGGCUGAGUCUGCCUGACUUGUGACCAGAGGCGGGCAGUGAGCACAGCUGUUCUUUGGUGUGGCUGCCUUAUCUCAGGCCUUCUUCCUUCACAGAUUGCCCCUGCCCCUAUUCCCACCCCAACUAAUCCCUGCUCCUUAAAAUUUCUCUGGUUUGCAUGUUUCUAGCUUUGUUAGGUGUGAAAGUUUGAAGAGGCAAACUGAAUAAUGUUGAAAGUCACUACUGUGAAACCACUUCUAAGCUUGUAUUCUCCUAGGACACAUUCAUGUGGGGCAGGGGCAAAGCUGUUAGGUUAGUUCAUAAAUAACCAGAACAGCCUCAUGCAUAUAUCAGCUGUGGCUUCUUUACAGGAUGAAAUACUGCACAGUUAGUGGCAGGGAAGGACAACAAAUAGGUGCUUCAGUUUCACUAGAUUCUCAAAACUAAUUUUGAUGUAGGAAAGAAAGCAAACAUGGCUAACAAAUCAGGACAGUUUGAUUCCAUGUCAAUAAAAAACAUGAACACCUAAGUAGAUAGGUAGUCCUUGGCAGGUUUUAAGCCAGAAAGUAGAAAAGAUCUGACUUAGAUUUUCAAGGGAACUCUAGGAACUCUUCCUUUAUCUUUAUAGGAGACUGAGCUGCUUUUAAUUUUUGAAGGGCCAAAUGUAUUUCAUGUGCUGGGAUCUGUGUCCUUGCUUCAUUUUCCUACUGGGUUGUUGGUAUUUUUAGUAGUUUCUAGGAGGUAAUCUUUAUGCUGCGGGAAAAUUAAUCCUUUGUUCAUAAUACGGAAUGUAAAUAUUUUUCCCAAUUUCUCUUGUAACUUUGCUUAUGGUGUUUUUUUUUUAAACCUUUAUUGUAAAAUAAAACACAUUAAACUGCACAAAAUAAUUGAAUAGUUUAAUGAAUAAGGUGAAAGCUAUAGUAACCACCACCCAGUUCUCAUAUUUUUUUAAAUUAAUUUUAUUGAUUUAAGAGUUGACUUUAUCAAUCAGCUGUUUUAUCAUCUCUGAAUUUGGGGUUGUAAAUGAUAUGAUAAAGGAAUUCUCCAGUAUUUUCCUUAAGAACUUCUGUGGUUUCAGUGAGGUAUGGGGUGAAUCCUGCAUCCAGCUUGUUUUUUCUACCAUAGGUCUACAUACUGUAUGUUGAACCAUUGAUUUGAGAUGUCACCUUUUUUUCUUUCACAUAAACCCAUACCGUAUUUUGGA